ACGAUCUUGACUAAUGAACCACGCAGCAUUUUGUCUCUAGAAAACAAAUUUCCAAACAGAGAAGAAGAGGCAACAAUAAAAUGAUGAAGGGUCUCUCAUUUGUGCUGCUGUUGAUCCUUGUGAUCAUCCACUACAAGGUGGUCAACGCCAACAACAACAACAACUGUGUCACAGAAGAUUGCCUCAUCGGUGAUAAUUUUGAAUCAGAGUUCUCGUUUGGUUCCCAUGUGGCAAGAAUGCUCUAUGAUGUGAGUCAAUCUGUGUCUGGCCAAACAGGGAAUAGCAACAAUGCUGCUGUUAAUUGUCCACAAAGCAAUGGUUACCGUAGUUGCUUGCCAUCCCAAAACGGCGGCGGCCCUAACCAACGUUGUGGAGAUUACACCAGGACUUGCUAAGAAAAUGUUUCAAUCUUAAUAUAAUUUCUUUUCCGGUUUCAAUGUUGUCAUAUGAUUGAGAUUGUCAUAAUCUGAAGUUGUGCGCAUAAUAAUUGAUGCUUUCGGUUCACACUUUUGUCGUGGUUGUGUUAUUGUGUAUCAUAUGUACGCUUAUGUUAUUAAAUGUUGAUAAGAAUAAUAUUCCUUGCGAGAAGGAAAAGUUUGAGAAAUAUAUUAUUACAAGAAGGUAUUUCUGGAAUUUUGUUUUCUAUACUUAGUAAAAUUCCAGCUGUUAUUAUCA